UCUGUUUCUCUUACGCGUUCUAAAGUCAAAACUCAUCGUUUUGCCUUCACUUCCAACCUCUCCCCAAUUUAUUCUUUAUCAAUCUUCUUCUUCUCCUUUCUCCUCAAAAAAACUUCCCGAUGGCCGGAGGUGGCGCCGGAAGGUCCUUGGAAGAGACGGCCACAUGGGCCGUCGCCGCCGUCUGCUUCGUCUUGGUCUUGAUUUCCAUUGUCAUCGAACAUAGUCUGCAUCUCAUCGGAAAGUGGUUUAAGAAGAAGCACAAGCGAGCUCUUUACGAAGCCCUUGAGAAGAUCAAAGCAGAGCUGAUGCUAUUGGGGUUCAUAUCGCUGCUGCUGACGGUAGGACAAAGCCUAAUCACCAAUGUUUGUAUACCGGAAGACGUGGCGGCCACGUGGCAUCCAUGUAGCCCCCAAAAGGAGGAGGAAUUAAGUAAACAAGAUGACGUGGUGAACACCGACACUAAUCGCCGGAAACUUCUCGCCGUCUCCCCUGUCAAUGCCACUUUCCGGCGCGUCCUCGCUGGGGGCGGCGGAACCGACAAAUGUGCUGCUAAGGGUAAGGUUCCAUUUGUGUCGGAAGAAGGCAUUCAUCAGCUACACAUAUUCAUCUUCGUGUUGGCUGUCUUCCAUGUUCUGUACUGUGUUUUAACUUUGGCUUUAGGGAAUGCUAAGAUGAGAAGUUGGAAGGCAUGGGAAAAGGAAACAAGAACGGUGGAGUACCAAUUUUCGCAUGAUCCAGAGCGAUUCCGAUUUGCAAGAGACACAUCGUUUGGGAGAAGACAUUUGAGUUUUUGGACCAAAUCUCCUUCCCUCGUCUGGAUUGUUUGUUUCUUCAGACAAUUUGUUCGAUCCGUUCCUAAAGUUGAUUACUUGACAUUAAGACAUGGUUUCGUCAUGGCUCAUCUGGCACCACACAGCGAUCAGAAAUUCGACUUCCAAAAAUACAUCAAACGAUCCCUCGAGGAAGAUUUCAAGGUCGUCGUUAGUAUUAGCCCUCCAAUCUGGUUUUUGGCUGUCCUCUUCCUACUUUUCAACACCCAUGGGUGGAGGGCGUACCUAUGGCUUCCAUUUAUCCCAUUAAUCAUUGUAUUACUGGUGGGGACGAAAUUGCAAGUGAUAAUUACGAAAAUGGCAGUGAGGAUUCAAGAAAGAGGCGAGGUGGUGAAGGGGGUGCCGGUGGUCGAGCCAGGGGACGAGCUUUUCUGGUUCAAUCGGCCUCGCCUCAUUCUUUAUCUCAUCAACUUCGUGUUGUUUCAGAACGCCUUUCAGCUCGCUUUCUUUGCUUGGACUUGGAAAGAAUUCGGGAUGAAAUCGUGCUUCCACGAGCACGUAGAGGAUUUGGUGAUCAGAAUAACAAUGGGGGUUCUCGUUCAAAUCCUUUGUAGUUACGUUACGUUGCCUCUUUAUGCUCUUGUCACCCAGAUGGGUUCCACAAUGAAGCCAACAAUUUUCAACGAAAGGGUAGCAACGGCGUUAAAAAACUGGCACCACACAGCUCGCAAACACAUUAAACAAAAUCAGGGUUCCAUCACACCUAUGUCUAGUCGCCCGCCAACCCCGUCCCACCAUAUGUCGCCGAUGCACCUCCUCCGCCACUACCGAACCCAAUUGGACAGUGUCCACACCUCUCCCAGACGAUCUGUUUUUGACAAUGACCAUUGGGAUCCUGACUCAACGUCGCCGUCACAUCGCUUUCACCCUCGCGACAUGGAGACUGGCGGUGAUGUUGAGGUUGAGACUGAUCAUUCAAACCAACCCAAUUCAACUCAAGUCGUGGAUGUGGAUGUUCAACCGAUGGAGAUGAAUAAUGAUUCUGAACAGCAUGAAAUUAAAAUGGGUUCGAAUGAAUUUUCGUUUGACAAAAGAAUGGAUAGAAUAUGAUGCUAAAUGAAUUGGAUACUUAUUUUUGGUUGAUGUAAAUGAAGGGGAUACUUGUCGUUUUAGUUA